AUGAGUUGCCACGAGCAGGAGCACCCGGAGCUCGCCGCCGCCAUGAGCAACAACGGCUUCGACUGGCUCGAGGACUCCAUCUCCUUCCUCGCCGGAGAUGUAGACAUCGCCGGCGGCUAUGGGUGGUGGUCGAAUCCCGCGGAGGCGCAGCAGGAUGACAUUGGCAGCGUCGUGGCGCAGACGCUCUCGCCGCCGGCGCCACAGCCGACGACCAGCUCGCCCCUGGCGCACGCGUCCCCAAACAUCGCGUAUCCGCCGGUGUCGUCGCCUUCGGAGACUUCAUCCAAGAAGCGCAAGUCUCCGGCGCACAAAGCUUCCAACAAUAGCGUCAGCAAUCAACGCCGCCGCGCCGAGCAGGACAGGCCAGGUGCCGGCGGCGGCAAGAAGGGCGGUUCCAAGGGCGGCGGAGCGGGAUCCGACCGGGACACGAGGUGGGCGGAGCAGCUGCUGAACCCGUGCGCGGCCGCCGUCGAGGCCGGCAACCUGUCGCGCGCGCAGCACCUGUUCUACGUGCUCGGCGAGCUCGCCUCCUUCUCCGGCGACGCCAACCACCGCCUGGUCGCGCACGGGCUGCACGCGCUGUCCCGCAGGCUCCCCGCCGCCGUGGGCACGGCGGCCGCGGCGUCCGUGCGGGUGCCGCCCUGCGAGUGCCCCACGCCGGCGUUCGCGGGCGCCGAGCCGCGGCUGUUCCGCGCGUCGCUCAUCAGGUUCCACGAGGUGAGCCCGUGGUUCGCGCUCCCCAACGCGCUGGCCAACGCCGCCAUCGCGCAGGCCGCGGCGCGCGGCGCGGCGGAGCCCCGGCCGCUCCACGUCGUCGACCUCGGGGUCUCCCACGGCGUGCAGUGGCCGACGCUUCUCGAGUCCCUGACCCGCCUGCCCGGCGGGCGCGCGCCGCCCUCUGUCCGCCUCACCGUCGCGGGCCCCACGGCGACCCCUCCUGCGCCCUUCUCGGCCUCGCCUCCGGGCUACGACUUCUCGCCGCACCUCCUCCGGUACGCCAAGUCCAUCAACCUGCAUCUCGCCAUCAGCCGUGCAGGCUCCCUAGACUCCGUGCACGGCUUCGCGGCGGCCGGCGAGGCGCUCGUCGUCUGCCUCCAGUUCCGGCUCGGCCACGCCGCCGCCGACGAGCGGGCAGACAUCCUGAGCAAGGUCCGGGGCCUCAACCCGGAGCUGGUGGUGCUCUCGGAGCUCGACGCCGGGGGCGACGGCACCGCGGCGGGCGAGUUCACGGCGAGGCUGGAGCUGCUGUGGCGGUUCCUGGAGUCGACGUCCGCGGCGUUCAAGGGGAGGGACGGGGAGGAGAGGCGCCUGCUGGAGGCCGAGGCGGGCACGUCCGUCACGGCCGACGCGGCGGGAGAGGGCAGGGACGCGUGGCGGGAGCGCAUGGCGGCCGCCGGGUUCGAGGAGGCGGCGUUCGGGGGCGAGGCGGUGGAGUCGGCCAGGUCCUUGCUGAGGAAGUACGACGGCGGGUGGGAGAUGUCGGCAUCGGGCGCCGCCGGCGCGGUGGCGCUGCGGUGGAAAGGGCAACCGGUGUCGUUCUGCUCGCUGUGGCGGCCGGCGUGCAGCGGCUGA